AUGUUACCGAGUAAAGCUGAAGAGUACAAAACAGGCCUUGAUGAAUCUUGCCCCAUAGGCCCCGUGCCAGUCGCAAACUCCUCUUUGGCAGAUCCACAUUCUCUGAAAAUCAAAGCUAUUCACAAUGGCGAAGUUGUCCAGAACUCAAACACGAGAGAAAUGUUUUUCAACAUUCAACAGAUAAUCGCUUUCCUAUCCCAAGGUACGACCUUGGAAAAAGGCACCAUUAUCAUGACUGGUACUGGUCCCGGUAUUGGUAUCAUGCGAAAACCACCAAUCAUUUUGCGCGACGGAGACGACAUGAGGAUCGAAAUAUCAGAGAUAGGCACGCUUGUCAAUUAUGUUCACUACGAAUAG